AUGCAGAAUGCGUUUUACACCAUUUCGCAUCACCAUUUCCUUUGGAUCAUGCACAAUACAUCAAGCAAAGCCAAGCACAUCAGAGACUCUCUAGCAAGUGUCUGGAUCCGACCACCACUACCAAGCGUCGCCCUCCAGUUACAGGGAAUAGAUCUUUCUGACUGCUCAUGGUUCAGCCCAGCUCUCUUCAUCCAAGAUGCCGUCAGCUACAUCCUUCCCCUUAUACACAUCGAGUGCUCGAUCCUCGGCCAGCAUUUGACAGAGGCCACCCGCAUGACUUGGCACGUUGGCGGAUACAGUCUGACAGUGGGCACGUUUAUCCUCGUUGCAGCCCUAGACAGAUCCCUGAGUCUCUUAUUUAAUAGACUAAUUACCUGGCACGUCCAACUGUUGUAUUUUGCCCUGGCUUUCGACUUUGACGAGCUGGAUAGUUUGGAUAGGUGCGACCAAGUAGCCGGCCGUGCUGGUCACUCAAAACGAGAAAUAUCCAUCACUUCCCACAACUUCAAAAUUCGUCAAAGGUUACAAUGGGUAGAUUUUAUAGGACGUCACACAGAAUCUGACCCUCGUGAUCCGGGUGGUGUCAGCGACCAAGCUGUCAUGUAUCCUCGAAACCACGUGAUCCGGUGCAAGACAGAUAGCAGUGUCCCAGAGCGUCACUGUCCGCAUCCGUCCCCCACGCUUCGAAGAUCGGUAACCUUGGCGUGCCAAGGCUUCACGUGCUGUCAACAGUUCAUUGACCUCUUUAGUUGGAACCUUCAAGAGGAGCUCUCUAGCAUAGGCCGCUGCUACUGCUGCUGCAUAUCCUUGCCAUGUCUCGUUCCUUUAUCACAGGUGUUCGGUGGUCCAUCCAGAUGUAUUUUUUGGCUGGCUCACGACAAUAUCACCCUGUUGGAUAUCUGUAUGAGCAGUUGGUACUCCUCCACCAAAUACAAACCAUUAGGCUGA